AUGGAGAAUGGCAUGGGAAAUGGAAGUUGUUUUGAAGACUACGACAGUUCUGCUCUAGUGGCUUUCAAAGUUCUUCAAGACGUCACCUUGAUUCUUGGUAUCGUUACCAACUCCGUGCUCUUCAUAACCAUCUGCUGCUCUGGUCAGCUGCGGGCGACCACUUAUAUCUACAUUGCUUCCCUAGCGGUCAGCGAUAUCAUCUUUUCUUGCCAUGGUAUUCGCUACACCUUGAUGGGCAAUGAUUCAGAAGUAGAAUGUGACGCCAGUGAUUUUCGGGCCAGGGAUUUCAUCUUCUUCAACAAGGUAUCGUCCGCUGCCAAUUACGCAAACAUUCUAAUGGUCUCCUUGGAACGAUGGCUGUACAUCGCCCGGCCGUUUUUACAUCAGCGAUACCUUUCUAUAAAAAUAACAGUGUGUGGGCUGGCUACGGCCUGGCUAUUUGCAAUCAUUGUCAAUAUCGAUACAUUUAUUGCAAGCGAUAUUAAAUACACUGCUGUUAUCAAAUUCAAACUGAAUGUUGUGUUUCCAUCAAUUCAUUUCUUCGUCAGUUGUAUACUUUGUAUAGUGUACGUUCAUCUGGCACUCAUCGCAAGAGGGCAGCUUCGAGCUAUCAACAGGACUAGACCAGUCGGAGUUUCAAACUCAUACCCACAGUCUGCUAGUAUAGAUGCUACAAAUGCAACCAUGGCAUCGAUUAAAGAGAAUCUCAAGAGUCUCCGGCUCCUGGUGUUGGUAUUCGGGUCCUUCUUUGUCCUGAUGACCCCGGGUAUUUGCCUACACCUGUACGACAAGCACGACUAUGCAGGAGUCAACCACCCAAUCCUUCAUGGCGUCUUCAAACAGAUGACCUUCACCCAUUGCUGCGUCAACUUUUUCGUCUUCGCCACACAAAACUGUCACUUCCGGCAGAUCUUUCUCGGCUACUUCCGGAAAAUCUAUGGCUGCUUGACCACGGAUUCGUGUAGGGAGUUGUGUACCACGGCAGUUACGCCAAACAUGUACCGGGAGCAGCAAGGAGAGGAAGCACGCAACCCGAAAAUUGUGAUAUCAGUCAGUUGA